AUGACCAAGUACAUUGUUGUUUCUGGGGGCGUAAUCAGUGGUAUUGGCAAGGGUGUCAUUGCCUCGAGCACCGGUACCUUGCUUAAGAGCUUGGGUCUGCGUGUCACUGCCAUCAAGAUUGAUCCCUACUUGAACAUUGACGCCGGUCUUAUGAGUCCUCUUGAUCACGGUGAGGUGUUCGUCUUGAACGAUGGUGGUGAGGUCGAUUUGGAUUUGGGCAACUAUGAACGUUUCUUGGACGUUGAGUUGAGCCGCAUCAACAACAUUACCACUGGCAAGAUCUACAGCGAAGUGAUUGAAAAGGAACGUCGUGGUGAUUAUUUGGGCAAGACCGUUCAAGUGGUUCCCCACGUGACCGAUGCCAUUCAAAACUGGGUUGAGCGCGUUGCUGCCAUGCCCAUCGAUGACUCUGGCGAGCAGCCCGAUGUGUGUAUCAUUGAAUUGGGCGGUACUGUGGGUGACAUUGAAUCCGCUCCUUUCGUUGAGGCCAUGCGUCAGUUCCAGUUCCGUGUCGGCCACGACAACUUUUGCUUGAUUCACGUCUCGUUGGUGCCUGUCGUUGGCUCUGUCGGCGAACAGAAGACUAAGCCUACCCAGAUGAGCGUCCGUGAUCUUCGUGGCGCUGGUUUGUCGCCUGACUUGAUUGCUUGCCGUUCCUCGACCCCGCUCGAUGAAAGCGUUCGAGGCAAGAUUUCCAUGUUCUGUCAUGUCGCUCCCGAGCAAGUCUUGGCCGUCCGCGAUGUCUCAUCUGUCUACCACGUCCCCGUGUUGCUCCGCGAGAACGGCGUCGUUGACUUUUUCCGCAAGCGUUUGAACUUGGACUCUAUCAAGGUCUCUGACGACCGUCGUGCUGCUGGUGGAGAGCUCUGGAAGAAGUGGACCAACCUGACCGACAGCUACGAGCGUCUGUUCGAUACCGUCAAGAUUGCAUUGGUAGGCAAGUAUACCAACCUCCACGACUCGUACAUUUCCGUGUACAAGGCUUUGGAGCACGCCAGUUUGUCAUGCAACCGCAAGUUGGAGAUCAAGUGGAUUGAAGCCAGCGACUUGGAGGGAGAAACGCUAAAGACGAACCCUAUCAAAUACCACGAAUCGUGGCAGAACUUGUGCUCUGCUGACGGCUUGAUCGUUCCAGGUGGCUUCGGAAACCGCGGCAUUGAAGGUAUGGUGACAGCAGCCAAGUGGGCCCGUGAAAACAAGAUCCCUUACUUGGGCAUCUGCUUGGGCAUGCAAAUUUCCGUCAUUGAAUUUGCCAGACACGUGUGUGGCAUGCAUGAAGCCAACUCUGCCGAAUUGGACCCCGACACCAAGACGCCCGUUGUCGUGUACAUGCCUGAAAUCUCCAAGACUCACAUGGGCGGCACCAUGCGUCUGGGCAUUCGCCCCACCGUCUUCCAGCCCAACACUGAAUCGUCCAAGGUUCGCAAGCUCUACAACGACCAACCUGCUGUCGACGAACGUCACCGUCACCGCUACGAAGUCAACCCUGAACACGUCUCCACUUUUGAAUCGGCUGGUCUCAAGUUUAUCGGUCGCGAUGAGUCUGGUGAGCGUAUGGAGAUUGUCGAGUUGGAUGACCAUCCCUUCUUUGUUGGCUGCCAGUACCAUCCCGAGUACUUGACCCGCCCUCUCAACCCCCAUCCUCUUUUCCGUGGUCUUAUUUCUGCUGCCAUCGGUCAAUUGUAA